UUGUUGCUGAGCCCUGGCUGCGCAAAAACUGCUGUCAUGUGAUAGGCUUCGUUUGUUGUAGUAGCUGACAGAAGCGGUCAGCGAGAAAGAGAAACAAAGAAAGAAGUUUGAUUCCUUUCCCGUGGACUCAGACAGGGUCUGUUUCUCUUAUUAUAGCAAUAGUUUCCCGGGUGGAGUAGUUGGAGAUUGGGUUCGCGUACCUGGCAGACCGCCGAACGCCCAGCGGACGCCAUGGGUUGUUGUUACAGUAGCGAGAACGAGACCACCGAGCAGGACCCUGACGAGCGUAAGCCGCUGAUCCCCCACCCGAACCCCGACAGCAAGCCCCUCAACGGCACAGAAUGGAACUCCACCAGUGUACCCUCAGCCCGCACAGACGAACAGGCCUUACUCACAUCCAUCCUUACCAAAACAGCCCUGAACAUCAUCGAUGUCUCGGCUGCAGACUCUCAAGGCAUGGAGCAGCAUGAGUACAUGGACAAAGCUCGGCAAUAUAGUACAAAACUGGCCUUGUUGAGUAACAGUCUGUCUCAGAAGAAGCCCCUCCCUCUCCCUUCCCUCACCAGCCAACCGCACCAAGUGCUCGCUAGUGAUCUGGUGCCAUAUUCGGAUGUACAACAGGUGUCCAAGAUAGCUGCCUAUGCUUACAGUGCAAUCUCUCAGAUCAAGGUGGACGCUAAAGAAGAGCUAGUGGUUCAAUUUGCCAUCCCCUGAUCUACACUCUGGCCUCCAUAAUACACCUCCCGUCCUGUCCCCAAUGCCCACACUGCAUCUAUGUGUCCCAGUCCCUGUGCUACCCAGCUAUGCCACCAGGAACCUGCUGAGGACUAUGACAACCAGGCCUCCCCUGCUGAAAGGGUUAACCAACCUUGCCCUGCACCCCUCAGAACCACCUUUCAAAGCCACCAUUCAUCCUUCUUUCACCAGCCGUCAAAUGUUAUGGCAGUAUAAUGGUGUUAGGGCAGUCUUUGUUUUUGUUAUUUUAAAUGUUCUUGUUUGAAGAGUGACUGAGUCUGACUGAAUAAACGGUUAGCUAGCUGCAUGACUAGGCUGCUGCUGGCGUUAGCGCUGGCUGUGAGUUUUUCAGGUGUAGCUAACCUCGUCUGAUAUGCAGCUCCGGUAAUGUACUAACUAACUAACCACAGCUAGGAAAAGAGGGUGAUUAUGCAUGUCCAAAUGUAGCACAGGAACAGGGCAAAAAAAAUAUGUCCACAGCCAGCCAACCCACUACGGUGAGCAUGGGGAUGCUGUUCUGACACGGUGUGGACCGGUCACCCAGAACACACAUCCCACCCCUCAUGUCAUCAAUAUGAAUUUCUAGAAAGAACCCUCACUAUAGUGUUCCUUAUCUUUGUUAAAAUCCUUAGAUUGACCUAAAGUAAGUUGGGUAGGUUUAAAAACAGGAGGGACUUAGUUCAACUAUAGUACCUAAGUUCAAAUCUGAUAUGACCCAUAUGAGUCUUCCCUUGAGUUCAGCUCAUGUUGGCAGAGGUGAGGACAGAGGUUGGAAUCCACAUGGGUUUCUCUGAUUUCUGGGGGAAACAUGCUUCGCACUUCAAUAAUUUAGCUGGCAGUCCUUGAAUUCAUAUCUUUAGACUUCACAGAAACAAUACAGCUGGGGGUGGAACUGGGCUUGGGGGGAGGGUUCGGGGGCUUGUAAUGUAAAUGAAUCAGUGAAGUGUUGAUGCCUUCUAUGUACAGAUUUAUGUGAUUCAGUCAGAAGCAAGAAAUGGAGUGUAUGCACCUCCCCAUUGUAGAGUCUGUUGGUCAGGAUUGGCUAAAGCUCCAAUGAAGUUGUUUUAGGAGCCAAUCAAAACUAAGGAUACAGCAGCCCAGUUUUUAUGACAUAAAAGGAAAAAAAACUUAACACCCAAGUUUGUUUGAAUUUUUAAACAAAACAGAUUGUGAUGAGUUACUCACAUUAACCAUGAACUGAAAGCUGUCAUGGCAGUUUGAGAUAAACAACCAUAACCUGUGAGUAUCCCCUAAAUUAAAACGAUCAGAGGCGUUGUGAUUAUUUAUUCAUGUUUUAAGUGUAUUUAUGCUCCGGGGUGAGUGUGUGUGUGGGUGGGUGCCUCUCUGGGGUCUUUAAAGGGAUGAUCAUCUGCAAGGCCGUGUUUAUUUGCCACUUUUUGCAGUGUGCUUGUUUUGUUUGUUUUGUUACUUCAGUGUGCAAUAGUACCUGGAUAACAUUGUUCAUUUCUUAGGCUAGUACCAAAAGGUUUAUUAAGAUAUACUGUUAAUACAUUUUUUUUUUCCCCAAAUAAUGAAUUCAUUAAAGACUUUCAACAAUUAAA